AUGGAGAAUGCCCCAAUGUCGAUAACACCACAGCAACAGCAGCAGCAACAGCAGCAGCAGCAACAACCCCAACAACAACAGCAGCAACGGCAAAACUAUGAGGCGUCCCUCACCAUGACGAAGAAGGCACCCUCCGUACCCGCUCCCGGGGACGAUACGGUCGAGCUGCGGAAGCAGACACGCACGCUGAACUACGCCUGGCGCUCGGGUGUUGCAGGUGGUCUGGCGGGCUGUGCGGCCAAAACGAUCGUUGCACCUCUCGACCGAGUCAAGAUUCUGUUCCAGGCCAGCAAUCCCACGUACGCAAAAUACUCGGCCAUCAAGUUCCUAGCAUACGAGCAGAUUCGUAGCGUUGUUAUUACCCAUAAAGGUGAAGAGACACCGUUUCGCCGCUUCCUCAGCGGAUCUCUUGCUGGUGCCACAUCCGUCAUGUGCACUUACCCGCUCGACCUCAUCAGAGUCCGCAUGGCUUUCGAGACAAGGCGAGUAGGUGGAAGCUCGUUUGCAUCGAUAACUAGGCAGAUAUACAACGAGACUCCCACCCAGGCUGUGGCCCAACCGGGGUCGUCGGGGUCUGCUAUCAAGGCUGCUACGUCUAAAGGAAGUUUCCUAAACUUUUACCGAGGCUUCGCCCCCACGAUGCUCGGCAUGGUUCCCUACGCGGAACUCCCCAAGGGCAAGGCGGCACCUCUCCGCUCGUGGGCGGAGCUUACCGCCGGUGGUUUAGCGGGCAUGAUAUCCCAGACUGUGUCAUACCCCAUAGAGAUUAUUCGACGUCGGAUGCAGGUCGGUGGCGUGGUUGGAGACGGCCACAGGAUGCGCAUCGGAGAGACGGCUUCCCUCAUUAUGCGGGAGAAGGGUGUUCGAGGCUUCUUCGUCGGCCUGACGAUUGGCUACGUCAAGGUGAUACCUAUGGUGGCGGUAAGCUUCUACGUUUACGAGAGGGCAAAGGGAUGGAUGGGCAUUUAG